CGCCGUCACCUCCGGUCCCGCCUCCCGGUUCCGCCCCCGCCAUGGCGGCGCCCAGCUGCGCGUGGUUCGCGUUCGGGUUCAGCCCCGAGGAGGCGGCCGGGGAGCCGGGCCCGGCCCCGGGCCCGUGGCGGCUGGAGGCGGGUCCCGAGGGCAUCUCCCGCGUCUGGCCCGCCUGGAGCUACGUGGUCGUGGAGACCGGCGCGGGGCUGGAGCUGCGGAGCGCGGGGCAGCGGCGGCGUUUGCCGGGCUGGGCGGAGGCGCUGCCGUCCGAGACGCACCUGGUGCUGCGAGGCGCGGCGGGGACCCGCGCCUGGCGGCGGGCGGCGGCGCUGAGCGGGGCGCUGCGGGACGAGCCCGCCUGGAGCCGGGACGAGCCCGCCGGGAACCGGGACGUGCCCGCCGGCAGCCGGGACGAGCCCGCUCGGAGCCGGGACGAGCCCUCCGGGUGCCGGGAUGAGCCCACCGGGAGCCGGGACGAGCCCGCCGGGAGCCGGGAUGAGCCCGCUCGGAGCCGGGACCGGCCCGCCGAGCCCCGCCAGCCGCCGCCGCUGCCGCUGCUGCCCGGCGGCUUCGCCACGCCGCGGCCGCCGUUCUUCACGGCGCUGCCCGCCGGCCUGCGGGCCCGGCGGCUGGUGCUGGGCACGGAGCACGUCCUGGCGCUGGGCGCCGGCGGGGAGGUGUUCAGCUGGGGCGGCGGCAGGCACGGGCAGCUGGGCCAUGGGCUGCUGGAGUCGGAGCUGCAGCCGCGGCUGCUGGAGGCGCUGGCCGGGGUCCCCAUGCGGGAGGUGGCAGCGGGCGGGUGGCACUCGGCCAGUGUCAGCGAGGUAGGAGACCUGUAUGUGUGGGGCUGGAACGAGUCGGGGCAGCUGGCUCUGCCCUCCAAAGCGCUGGCGGCGGAGCGAGCGCAGGCCGAGGACACGGGCACAGGGAGCCCCAGGCUGACGCCCUGCAGGGAGCAGCUGCCAGCCCAGGAUGCUGCGUUCAUCUCCAUCCAGGCGUUCCCAGCGCUGCUGGACCUGCCGCAGGAGCCGGAGGUCAGCGCGGUCAGCUGCGGGUCCCGGCACACGGCCGCGGUCACACGAGGCGGGGAGCUCUACACCUGGGGCUGGGGUAAAUAUGGACAGCUGGGACACGGGGACAAUAUCAGCUGUGACCAGGCACGCCGUGUGGAGCAGCUGGUGGCCGAGGGGCUGCGGGUGGAGGAGGUGGUGUGUGGCCCCUGGACCACCUAUGUGCGUGUGCAGGAGCCCUGAUGGCCCCAGGACCACCUGUGGGUGCUGACAGGUGGGGAAUGAGGGCAGGCUCUGCUCUGCUCUGCAGGACCAGCUCCAGGACCACCCUGUCCUCAGGGCCAGGGCAGGCAGCCCCCCACAGCACAGGAUGGGGCUGAGUUUAGCCCACAGUGACCUGAUUCACACCUGGAGUGGGGCUGCAGCUGCAUCAGGGCCAGGGACACCUGGGAGAGGCUGGAUGUGUUUAUUAAAUUCACCUUCCCAUAAUGGCUGCAUCGUUGGUGUGUGCAAAACGUUCCAGCAUAUCUGGUUCCAGUGAAGCUGUCCUGGGGUGAGGGGCUGCAUGGGGCUGUGGCUGGAUUUGGUAAUUCAGGGAUGCUGUGGCUGAGCAGCACUGGGGGCUGCAGAGCAACUUGUGGGGAGCUGGGACACAGAGCUGGACCCCCAACUGACCCCAGAGGUAUCCCAGACCCUGUGGGAUCAUGGCCAGUGUGGAAAGUAGAGGAGGAAUGGGGGGAUGCUCAGAGCAGUUGUGGUUUUGUCCCCAAGUUACCAUUGCUGUGAAGUCCCCUGCUGCCCUGUCCUGGGGAAGCUGAGCACUAGUUGGAAGGAGGGAAUAAAUUGUUUUUGCUUUGUUCUGUGUUGUUGUCUCGUA